CGGAAAGCCGGAAGUAGUCACGUGAUACAGGAAACGGUCGCUGCGGUGCUACAUCUGUAAACUGUCCAGGAGCUGAUCGUCUGCCUCAGGCCACCAUGUCUCGCGCCCGCCAGCCCCCGCUGGUCACAGGCAUCUCGCCCAAGGAGGGUGCGGCUUGGACCAAAGUCACCAUCCGUGGAGAGAACCUGGGCACGGGCCCACCCGACCUCAUCGGUCUGUCGAUCUGCGGCCAUAACUGCCUGCUGACAGCAGAGUGGAUGUCUGCCAGCAAGAUAGUGUGCCGCGUGGGGCCUGCCAAAGACGACAAGGGGGAGAUCAUCGUCACCACCAAGUCCGGGGGUCUCGGCACCUCCACUGUCUCUUUUAAACUGCUCAGGCCAGAGAGGAUUGGUAUCCUGGACCAGUCUGCUGUGUGGGUGGAAGAGAUGAACUACUACGACAUGAGGACCGACCGCAACAAAGGCAUCUCCCCCCUCUCCCUGAGACCCAGCAAUCCACUGGGCAUCGACAUAGACAAAGGCAAGAUCCCACAGAAAGACAUCGAGCUGACAUUUCCAGGAAUGAGUGGAGACUUCACCAGUGAGAACUUCUCUGCCACCUGGUACCUCAUAGAGAACCACACAGGCUCCAGUUUUGAGCAGCUGAAGCUCGCGGCCAACAAUCUGAAAAAGCAGGCGACCAAGAAGAACGAGGGGAGUCUGGUGUAUGUGAAAGGAGGCCUCAGUACGUUCUUUGAGGCCCAGGACGCUCUGGCAGCGAUCCACCAGAGGCUGGAGUCUGAUGGCACCGAGAGAGUGGAGGGAUCCAUGACCCAACGACUAGAAAACAUCCUGAACAGAGCGAGCGAUACUGCAGAUACUCUUUUCCAGGAGGUCUUGGGGCGGAAAGACAAAGCUGACUCCACACGCAAUGCUCUCAACGUCCUGCAGCGUUUCAAGUUUCUCUUCAACCUGCCACUCAACAUUGAACGCAAUAUUCAAAAGGGUGAUUACGACGUGGUGAUCAACGACUAUGAGAAAGCCAAAUCUCUGUUUGGCCCUACUGAAGUCCCUGUUUUCAAAAAAGUGUACGCUGAGGUGGAGACGAAGAUCGGAGCUCUGAGGAGCCUCUUGCUGGAGAAACUGCUGCAGACCCCGUCCACGCUGCACGACCAGAAGAGAUACAUCAGGUACCUGUCGGACCUUCACGCUCCAGGCGACCCAGCAUGGCAGUGCAUCUACGCUCAGCACAAGUGGAUCCUGCAGCUGAUGCAAAACUGCAGGAAUGAGUUCAUCAGUGGCCAGAGAGUGGGAGUCGGAGCGAUGGAUUCUGAGGGGGAUACCCGUCCGUCUGCCCUCGGCAGGCUGGGUCACACUUCGUCUCUACAGCGGGGGGGCAGCCUGCGAACACCGCGACCCAGCACCUGGCGCUUUGAAACCCCACAACAGGUGCAGUUUGUGGAGAAGCUCUCCGAUGUGGUGAUUGGUCAGUUGCCCAACUUCUGGAAGCUCUGGAUCUCUUAUGUUAACGGAAGUCUUUUCAGUGAGACUGGAGAGAAGUCUGGGCAGGUGGAAAAGUCCAAGAAGAAUGCCAGACAGAGACAAAAUGAUUUUAAAAAAAUGAUCGAGGAGAUGACCAAUCGGCUGGUGAAGCUGGUUCGGGGGGCUCUCCUCCCCACCACGCUGCCACAGGCGGAUCUGAGUCUUUACGGAGGCUGGGAGAACAAGACGGAGCUGACUGGAGCCUGGCUCACACAGAUCAUACACACCGUCAGGGCUUGUCACGAGGCUAUGUCUGCUCUGGAGAUCCCUAACGACCUGCUGCAGGUGAUCCAGGAUCUGCUGCUGGAGCUGAGGGUCCACUGCCUCAUGGUGACUCUGCUGCACACCACUGAGGAUGUCAAGAGGCUCGCUGAGAAGGAGGACUGGGUCGUGGAUAAUGAGGGAAUUACCAGCCUGCCUUCCCAGUUUGAGCAGUGCAUGAUCCUGAUGCUGCAGUCCCUCAAAGAGCCGCUGGAGAUCAAACAAGGAGAAAUGAAUGUGCUGCAGAUAGACCAGGUCCAGGAUCAAGCCACAGAGCUCAGUGUGGGCAUCAUGAAGGUUUUCAUAAACUGCUUGGAGCACCUGAGCACUAAAACUGAUGGAGAUAUUGAUGCAUCUCACAACAUUUCAGUGGACCUCUCCUCGCCAGUUCGUUUUUCUGGAAUUCACGAGGGCUUCAGCCCAACAUCUGAGCAGCGUCUACUGAUCAUCCUCAGUAACUGCCAUUACCUGGAGAAACACACCUUCCUGAACCUGGCUAACUACUUUGAGAAACACGGCCUGACAGGCACCGAGAAGAUCACACGGGUGAGUAUGGACGCGGUUCGAGGGCUGGACAGAAAACUGUUUGAGGCUUACAUCGAGAGACGUGCCGACCCGAUCGCUGGCUCUCUGGAGCCGGGGAUCUACGCUGGGUACUUUGACUGGAGGGACUGCCAAACACCUACAGGUGUAAGGAACUACCUGAAGGAAGCUCUGGUCAGCAUCAUCACAGUUCAUGCUGAGGUCUUCACCGUGUCUAAGGACCUGGUUCCUCGGGUUCUUUCUAAAAUUGUCGAGUCAGUUGCGGACGAAAUGUGUCGUCUUAUGCAAUGUGUAUCAUCCUUCAGCAAGAACGGAGCCCUGCAGGCUCGUCUUGAACUCUGUGCUCUGAGAGACGCCAUUGGUGCCUACCUAAACUCUGAAAGCAAUGCCAGCUUCAAACUGGCUUUGGACGCCCUUCCUCAGCUACACAGCGGCGCCGAUAAGAAGUUGUUGGAAGAGCUGCUGAACAAGUUUAAGAGCAGCAUGCAGCUCCAGCUCACCUGCUUCCAGCCCUCCUGCAUCCAGCCUGUUAAGAGAUAAACUCCUUUCACUCUAUCUGGCACCUUUCCUUAUCUUAUCUAUGUGUGAUCAGCUAAUGAACUAUGGCCGUUUCUUUUCACUGAUCACUUCACUGGUUUACUCAUCGCUCUAUUUCGGUGUCACUUCCUACUUCUGCUUCACCAAUGUUCAUCUAAUCGCAAAGACACGAAAUGAGUUGAUUUCAUUGUUACUGUGUAGGACAGUCCCAGUCUGGCUGGUUAUGCUAAUCACAUAUGGCUACUCAACAGGGAGUGUGCAAGAGGCUAACUGGGUAGUGUCAAGAAAGUUCUAGACUGUAACCAUGAUGGAGUCGCCAUGUCUCAGACUGAAAUAUUUUUUCUAAGAUUAAAAGUUGAUGUUGAUGCUUUACCGUGCCAUCUCCAAUACCCAAUAAAUACAAAAAAUAUGGUUAAAA